AUGUAUAGGCAAGUAAGAGUGGCUAAUGAAGACGCAGACUUCCAAAGAUUAUUGAGGAGAGAAGACGUUAAUUCUAGUAUACAGCAUUACAAAUUACUUACAGUUACAUUUGGUACGGCAUCAGCUCCAUACUUAGCAGUAAAGGCAAUGCAACAAGUAGCUCAUGAUGAAGGUGACGAAUUCCCACUUGCAGCUGAAAGAAUCAUGACUGAUUAUUACAUGGAUGAUCUCAUGACAGGGUGUGAAAAUGUGGAUACAGGUCUAAAAAUUUACAAUGAAAUAAAUUCUCUUUUGGCGAAAGGCGGUUUUCAGUUGCAAAAAUGGUCAAGCAAUAGCGAUGAUCUGCUAAAAAUAAUAGAAAAGGAUUACUUGGAUAAUGAUAGGAGUGAAACAUUUAAUAUUAAACAAGAGGAAAUAAUUAAAACACUGGGACUUACCUGGAACCGAUGCGUUGACUCUUUCCAGUACGCAGUGAAACUUCUUCCUUUGACUGAACCUGUAACAAAAAGAAAGGUUAUUUCGGAUAUUUGUAGACUGUUUGAUCCCUUGGGCUGGGUCGCUCCUUGCGUAAUAUUAGCAAAAAUUGUUAUUCAAAAGCUCUGGAUUGCAGGAGUUGGAUGGGAUGACGUAGUACCAGUAAACAUAAAAGAUGAAUGGAUGACUUACCGAAACGACUUACUCAGGUUAACUAAAUGUUCUGUACCUAGGUGGAUGGGAAUGAAAAAAUCUGAUAAAAAAAUUGACUUACAUGGCUUCUGUGACGCGUCAAAACAAGCAUAUGCGGCCGUCGUGUAUGUCAGAAUAGUGGACUCUAAAGACAAGAUACAUGUUUAUUUAGUAACCGCAAAGACAAGGGUCGCUCCUAUCAAAACAAUCUCAGUUCCGAGACUAGAAUUAUGUGGCGCAGUCUUGCUAGCAAAAUUAAUAAUUGAAAUUGCAGAAGUACUAAAGAUAGAUAAAACUAACCUUUUUGCUUGGACUGACUCUGAAAUAGUGUUAGCGUGGAUAAACAAUCACCCGAGCAGAUGGAAAACUUUCAUUGCAAACAGAGUUUCCGAAAUUUUAAGCAUAAUAGAGCCACAGCAAUGGGGUCAUGUUCAAUCUAAGCAAAAUCCAGCUUACUGUGCCUCUAGAGGUAUUUCUCCAUCCGAACUUCUGCAAACAAGGUUAUGGUUUCGUGGUACAGAUUUCUUAUAUCAGUCAAAAGUGAAACCAGUAAAACCAAAAAAUAUAUCAACUUCAUUAGAGCAAGUACAGGUAUAUAAUACAGUAACAGAAUGUAAUAAUGAAAACGAAGAAAAUGAAUUUAUUUUGCAGAAUUGGUCAAUACUAACCAAACUUAUUAGAGUUGUAGCAUAUUGUAGGCAAUUUUUAGAAUUAAGGAAAAUAAAGGCAAAUAGAAAUAUAAAAAAAUACUUAACCGCUCUGGAACUGAAACAAGCACUGAAUACUUGCAUAAGGAUUUGUCAAAAUAAAAAAUUUAAGAAAGAAAUUCAUAAAUUGAAAUUAAAAGAAUAUAUUACUCAUGGUCCAAUAAAACCAAUCAACCCAUUUUUGGACGAUGAAGGUAUAUUAAGAGUGGGGGGAAGGUUAGAAAACGCCGAAAUCCUUUGGGACAGAAUGCAUCCUAUUAUAUUACCAAAGUCCUCAAGUCUUACUAACCUGAUAAUUGCCGACGCUCACUAUAGAACACUUCACGGAGGCCCACAACUAAUAUUGAAUUUUUUAAGGUCCUCAUAUUAUAUAAUAGGAGUCAAACAAUUAGUUAAGGCUUUUUAUCGUAAGUGUAUAACGUGUAUUAGAUUUGUAGCUGCAACAAAAACUCAACUGAUGGGUCAACUACCUGCCAUAAGAGUCACCCCUACUAGACCCUUUAAACGAAGUGGAGUAGAUUACGCAGGCCCUAUCAGUCUAAGGACCUCAAAGGGACGUGGAAACCAUGCGUACAAGGGAUAUAUUUGCUUGUUUGUAUGCAUGGUUACUCGUGCUGUACACCUUGAAGUUGUCAGCGAUCUCUCCACUCAAGGUUUUCUUGCAGCCUUUAAACGAUUCGUCGCACGACGUGGUAAUUGCAGUGAACUGUGGAGUGAUAAUGGGACCAAUUUUGUGGGAGCUUCAAGGGAUUUACAGAAACUAUUUAAAUCUGAGCAGUCUAGAAUCGCCAAGGAUAUAGCCGAAGCUUUAGCCAACAACGGAACCAGUUGGCAUUUUAUUCCACCACAUACAUCUAACUUUGGGUGA